AUGAAUAUGUCGCUUGGAAAACAACCCACUGACCAUAUAAAGAGGCCAAUGAACGCGUUCAUGGUCUGGUCGAGGGGUCAGAGACGAAAAAUGGCACAAGACAACCCAAAGAUGCACAAUUCUGAAAUUUCGAAACGACUGGGAGCGGAGUGGAAAUUGCUCACGGAAAUGGAAAAACGGCCGUUUAUAGACGAAGCGAAGAGAUUAAGGGCCCUCCACAUGAAAGAGCACCCCGACUACAAAUACCGUCCGCGCCGAAAACCGAAGGCGCUAGUCAAGAAAGAGCCGAAAUUCGGAUUUAAUAUCUCCGGUCUAAUGGCACCAGUUCCAAGACUAGUCACACCGCUACCACAGCCCAUGCCCCAACUUCCUGUACCCCACCACUUUGAUAAACCAGACUUGGGCAGGUUGUUCCCUCCCCUACCUUACCCCUUUUACCCUUUUACAAAGUUACCAUCAGACGAUGGAAAGUUGGCAGCGGAAUUAGCUCAUUUACAGGCACUUUACGGCGGAGCACUCUACAGCAGUGCUCUAUACAAUAGCGCGCUAUCUCCAUGUGGCUGUCCACCAAGGCGUACACCCUCCCCGCCUCCGGACGUCAAACGUCCAGUUGCUUACAUCCUUAUGAAGAGUGACGAGGAACCUCCUCAGCACGUCAUAUGA